CUUUUCUAGAACGGUGUUGGUAUUCUUCUUGCUCUGUUUGGCUCUGGCUACUAUUCUUAUGUGCGAUACAACGAAAUGAUGAGCAGAUAACUGCCCUCCCCCACAUUGUUAUUCCCCUCCCUCCCCCCGACCAACCCGCCAAGAGGAGUCGACUCUCCGUUUUAUCCAAUCAACGCGAAACAUUAUGAACAUUGUAAAAGUACAACAGUUUACAAACAUCCAUCACUUUUUUUUUCUCCCCCUCCCCAUUGUUAUCGUAGGGUCAAAGCGACAUAGAACCUGUUUUUAUACUCAAAUACACAAUAUAAGUUGCAUUAAAAUGUUAAAAGGACAGAAAGAUGGAUAUAGGGCUCUCGAAUCAUGAAAGGGAUGGAUGGACCGAGAAGAGUUGCAAAAUUAUACAUGUUGA